AUGUAAAAUUCAGACAACUCCGACGAAUACUACAGCGAUGAUCAGCAAGACUCUCCCAGAUUUCUGUACAGCUUUAAGGAGAUAAGUCUUUAGAAUAAAACCUUGUUGGCUGAAAUUAGAAUUAUAUGCAAAAACCUGAUCUAUGUGAUAGGCUUGGCACCCGGCAUUGCAAAGGAGGAAGUAUCAAGCAUUUCAUUAAGUCAAAAGCUACUGAAGAAACCAGAGUAUUUUGGGCAGUAUGGUUAAAUCCAAAAAUUAAUAGUAAUUUAGAGCAACACUUUUAAUCCACCUUCACAUGCUGCCUACAUUACAUACAGAAAUGAACAGGAAGCAUCGAUGGCAAUUUUAGUAAACAUCAUAUUUAAAAUUUACGGCAUGCGAAAGAUUCCCACUGCAUGACAGAUAUGUGAAGGCAUCUUUUGGUACAACCAAAUAUUGCACCAACUUCCUUAAAGGAUAGUAAUGUAAGAUAAAGGACUGUGUUUAUUUGCACCAACAUCCAAAGGAUAAGGAGUCGACUCAAGUCAUUAAAAAAGUAUGCCUCUAUUCUAUGCCAGGAAGAGAUGAACAAUUCUAAAUGGCUCUUUUCUUACUCCCAAAAAAUAGCGUAAGACAAUUUCAAAAAAUUCUAUACCAAAAUCAACUACAAAAAUGCUCUCUAAAAAUCUGUCUUCCUCAACACUCAAAACAUUCUUGAUCGAAUGAUUCAAGAUAAUAUUGUAGAUCGCAUCCCAGAGCAGCCCCAACCUCCACUACAACAACAGAUGAUUGAGGACACACUACCUAUCGAAAUCCCUGUAUCCUAAAAGCCUAUCGAUAUCGAGAAGCGCUUGGAAGUAAUCAUACAAAACAGUAUUAUUCAUCUCUUAAUACAAGUGGAUGGGGAUAGCAAUUCGAGAUUCAAGUUCACAAAUGGCAACUGUCCACAAGACUACGAAGCAAUCUAGUAAUUGAAGCAAUCCCUUCUGAAAUGA